CUUUCACAGCACUAACAACAAAUAAUACACGUCAGUAUUUGUUGUAAAAUAGUUAAAGAAAAUCUGUAAAAUAUUAAAGAAAUUUACCUUUAAAAUGGUUAAAUUUAAAGCAAAACCAUAAAUUAUUGAAAGUAAAAAAACACGGAAGCAAAACUAUAGAAAAAUUCUCUAAGCCAACAUGACAAAACAACGUAGACACUCUCAUCGUGAAUCCACAGGCAGCAAUGCCAGUAAAGAGGCAGCAGCACUUAUCUCCUCAGACAAACGUCCCUCUUAUGCAGAGGAAAUGAAUACCUUUCUCAUAAAAGAACCCAAAAAGGAAUUGGUCUUGAAACUAUCCUAUUAUCAUUUGGCAUUUUUCCUUUCCGGCAUAUUAGCCACUUGCGUUUACUAUCACUAUCCCUGGUCUCGUGUCAGUAAUAGACAAUUACAACAUUUACCUGCCGAUCAUUAUCUACAAAUAAGAGAUGAUUUUGCCAUUUAUGCUGAUGUUGUAGACAAAGUUGAUCAACAGCAAGCUUUAAGGGAAUUUUAUGGAGAAAGUUGUGGCGCAGUCGCCAAUUUACCCAAAGAAGAUACUAAUGUUAAGGAGGCGAUGGGCUCUUUGAAACUAGCUCUGGAUAUGUAUAAGGCAGGGAAAAUGGAUAAAGCUCAAAAAUUGUUUGAACAUGCUUUUGCUUUGGCUCCUAAACAUCCGGAGGUGUUGUUGCGUUAUGGUGAGUUUUUGGAGCACUCGCAAAGCGAUAUAGUGCUGGCGGAUCAAUAUUAUUUUCAGGCCUUAACCAUAAAUCCAAGUUAUUCCGAAGCAUUGGCCAAUCGUCAACGUACCGCCGGUAUAGUACAAACCAUAGACGAAAGACGUCUCAUGGAAUUAGAUCGUAAACGUGAUGCUCUUUCGGGUAUACACGAAUCGAAUGCAGCUUUAAGAAGAGCCAAAAAAGAAGCCUACUUCCAGCACAUCUAUCAUUCGGUGGGUAUAGAAGGCAAUACCAUGACAUUAGCUCAAACAAGAUCAAUAUUGGAAACACGUACCGCUGUCGAUGGCAAAUCCAUCGAUGAACAUAAUGAAAUUUUAGGCUUAGAUUUAGCCAUGAAAUACAUCAAUGCCAGUUUGGUGAAUAAAAUGGAAAUAACGUUAAAGGAUAUUUUGGAUAUACAUCGGCGUGUUUUGGGUCAUGUUGAUCCUAUAGAGGGAGGUGAAUUUAGACGUACACAAGUCUAUGUAGGAGGACAUGUACCACCUGGUCCGGGAGAUUUAUCAAUAUUGAUGAGGCACUUUGAAAAUUGGUUAAAUUCGGAGCAGGUCUUGUCAUUGCAUCCAAUAAAACAUGCAGCCUUGGCCCAUUACAAACUGGUGCACAUACAUCCCUUUAUUGAUGGCAACGGAAGAACUUCCAGAUUGUUAAUGAAUACUUUACUAAUGAGAGCUGGCUAUCCACCAGUCAUUAUACCCAAACAGCAGAGGCACAAAUACUAUGAGUAUCUACAAUUGGCCAAUGAUGGCGAUAUACGUCCUUUCGUACGCUUUAUAGCAGACUGUACGGAGAAAACUUUAGAUCUAUAUCUAUGGGCUACCAGUGAUUUACCUCAACAAAUACCCAUGUUAGAACAAACUGAGCACACUUUAGCUAAUAUCGAUAAAUUAGUAACACCCACGAGCACAACACAACAAACAACACAAAAGCACAAUUCACCAGCCACAGCAGCAGCAGCAGCACAGACUUCAACAAAAGAUCAAGUUACCAUAGAGGAACAAGACUAUUUUGCUCCCGAGUCUGGUUCUGGUGACAUUUCCUAGCAUUGGCCUAAUUUGAAGCUACUGCUACAAAAAAUUUUUAUAAUACUUUUAGGAAUAACAACUUUGAUUUUAAUUUUAUUAUAUUGCCUACUAUUAGGCGUUUUAAAUGUUUUACUUUAAGACAACUAAAAGUUAGGUAUCUAUAGCUAACUUAAAGGUGCUUUAAAAGAAAAAUGUUGUUUUUUUUUCCUUUUAAUAUUAUGUAUGACUGUGAUUAUUAUUAUUUUUUUAAUUAAUUAAAACUAAAACCAUGUAUAACAUACUAUAACUGUAAAUAACGAAAUUGUUAAACCAAACACAUAGUAAAAAAAACUAAUUUAAUUGUUUAUUUAUUAAAUUAUUAUAAAAUAAACUUUAGUCCAUCAAGAAAUUUCCCUCUUUGUAAAAGCCUUAAAGAAUCUUUUUCUAAUUUCUAAGUAAAAAGUUAAGGAGCAAAGAUUUUAUAAAUAAAAGACUCCCCCUACGCCAAAUACAAAUAAAAAUUAAAAUUUCUAAAUUUAAAGCUCUUUUGAUUUUAUA